AUGUCUGAAUUCAAAGAACUAGUCACGUUCUUAAGGAAUGAGAACCCAACUAUAAGACAAAUUGCAAUACAGAAUUUGGCUGGUUUCUCUACCACCCAAAAGCAACUCUUCGAUAACCAAUCAAUCCAGGAAGUCAAACUUUCCUGUAGGGACAAACCGGCUAUUGCGCAUGAUGCUUUCUCUAUCUUAGUCAACAUUUCUGACUCUGUUCUGACAUCGAAUGCUAUCGUAACGAACGACUUUAUGGUUUUCUUGACGAGUUAUAUAGCCAACCCAACUGCAUUGCUUGCUGAUUUAGCUUGUAUGCUUCUAUCUAACCUCAGCAAGCUCCCUAAUGUAAUCCACACUAUCUGUUCUCAACAAAUCCCAGUCAGUUUGAACAACGGAGAACCUUCAUUUAUAGCAUCAAAAUCUGAGUCUUCAACUGUGCAGAUUGAAGGCCAGCAAACUUCUUUUAGGGCGGUCCCUUGCCUUGUUGAAGCUUUUGUUCAGGGUGCGAACAAGCCAGAGACAGCUGUAGAGAGUGCGGAAGCCCAAGCUAAGCGUAAAUCCAACUGUCACUUCUUGGGAUCUGUAUUUGCUAAUAUCACAACCACUCAACCUGGCAGAGAGUACUUUACGUCACCUUCACCAUCAUUUGAAGCAUUGGCAAACCAAACUUCAGAUAAGGAGUAUCCAUUGGCUAAGCUCACUGCAUUCACUGAACACCCAAAUAACAUUAGAAGACAUGGCGUUGCUUCUACAAUCAAGAACUCCACGUUUGUGAAGGAUGCUCACAGGGCACUUCUAGCAGAAGACAAGGAGAUUAUAGGGGGAUGCUCUGGUGUGAAUAUGUUGCCAUAUGUACUCUUGCCAUUGUGUGGACCUGAAGAGUUUGACAUUGAUGAACAAGAGGCACUACCAGAAGUCUGCCAACUACUUCCAGAAACGAAAAAGCGUGAAAUCGACCCAAGUGUUCGCAAAACUCACAUUGAGACACUUCUCUUGCUCUGCACAACACUCCAUGGUAGAGAGUACCUCAGAAGUAGGAACACUUACGUCGUUAUCAAAGCUGCACACGCUGAGGAAAAGGAUCAACAGGUUAUCGAUGAAAUGAUCAAGCUCGUCAACUUGAUCAUGAGACAGGAAGGAGAAGAAACAAAGAUACAAGAGCUCUCAGCGAAGGAAAGCGAGAUGGUAGACGAGGAUAUGAUGAUAGAGGAGGUAUAA